AAAAGUGGAACUGUAGAGUGGAAGCAAAUCCAAUAUCUUAUCUCAUCAUCGUCAUCAUCAUAUACCCUUUAUUCAGAAUCACUCAAAGAAAAGUAAUAACAGUGUUGAGAAAAAUAAAGAGAAAGGAAGAGAUUAAGCAGACAUGGAUGGGUUUCAGGUAGCUCUUCCGAUUGUGGGAGUUCUUGCGGCGGCAGCUGUGACUUUCUAUGCAGUGAGCUUUUCUGAGCUUAAAGAGAAAUCGUUUAGAGAUUUGGAAGAAUCUGAAUAUGAAGAUGGAGUUUAUAGGCCAUCCCCUAGCUCCCGAGAGAGGCGUGCCAGAAGACAAGCUAACAAAAAUAAUAAAAAAUGAACCUUAUUAUUAAGCUUGUGUUUAGAUAGAGUUUAGUGUUUUUAAUCAGAAACAAAACUGGAUUUUCAAUAUAAAACAAUCUCAAAGGUUAUUGUAUCGAAACAAAGUUUAGGGAUUUUCUUUUUCGAAUGAUAUGUAGUUGUCUAUUUAGUUUGGUUGCAUUUCUUUUCUUUCGUGUUUUGUUGAUUAAUUUGUAUUUAUUUUUGCUGCCGUAAUAAACUCUUGGUUCUGCUCAGCGCGAAAAGCAAUGAUAUUAUCUGGUGGUAAGUGAUGUAAUUUUUUUA